AAAUGUUUUAUUUAAUUGUAACGCGCGAUGGCAACAGUCGGUACAUUGUUUCGGAUUAUUUUAAAGCCUCAACCAUGGUCGUUGAGGUGCGAUUAUUCUACGAAGGUACCGGCUCUAUUGACCGGCAUCAAUGUUUUGGACCUGUCACGGGUGAUAGCUGGACCUUUUUGCACUUUGACCCUGGGUGACCUGGGUGCUAACAUUAUCAAAAUUGAGAGCCUGGAAGGUGAUGAAGCUAGGAAAUGGGGUCCUCCAUUCAUAAAAGACUCUACGGAUUCAUAUUACUUUUUAUCGGUAAACAGAAAUAAAAAGAGUGUUUGUGUGGAUUUAAAGACUCGGGAAGGUAAGAAUAUUAUAUAUGAUUUGGCUAAGAAAUGUGAUGUGGUGGUUGAGAACUAUCUACCAGGGAAGCUGGACCAGCUCGAAGUCGGCUAUGAGAAAUUGAAACACGUCAAUCCUAAGCUGAUAUACUGUGCCAUUACUGGUUUCGGGCCCACGGGACCGUACGCCAAGAAGCCUGGCUAUGACGUAAUAGCAUCAGCGAUGGGCGGUCUCUUAAACGCGACAGGCGAACGAAAUGGCAACCCCGUCAAACCAGGAGUCGCCAUCACGGACGUGACCACGGGCCUCCACGCCUUCGGGGCUAUUAUGACCGCUCUGUACUACCGUCAAGUGACUGGCAGAGGCCAGAAAAUAGACUGCAACCUACUGUCCACGCAGAUAUCCAGCAUGAUCAACAUCGCCAAUAUAUAUUUGAACUGCGGCAUCGACAGCCAGAGGUGGGGCACCGCGCACGCGAACCUAGUACCCUACCAAGCCUUCAAGACGAAAGACGGAGACAUUGUAAUAGGAACAGGUUCGAACGCCCAAUUCGCUGACUUCUGCAAGCGGAUCGAAAGAGAAGAAUUGAUAAACGAUGCCCGAUUCAAGGAUAAUAAAGCGCGCGUUGAGAAUCGUGAAGCUGUUAUAGAGAUCAUAAGCAACGUCAUAAAAACAAAGACACGAAAGGAGUGGUCAGAGAUAUUCAGUGAUGCGUCCUUCCCAAACGGUCCAGUCAACACGAUGAGAGACGUCUUCGAAGAUGUGCACGUGAGAGCAAUAGGACUCGUGAAGGAGUUGCCACACCCCAAAGCUGGCACCAUAAAGGUGGUGGGGGCCCCGACAGUUUACAGCGAAGGUGGCAACUUUCCCAGAACAGCGCCCCCCACUUUGGGACAGCACACCAGGGAGAUACUGGCCGAUUUCUUAGGAUAUAACGAGUGUGACGUGGACAGCUUGUUUGCUAAGAAAGUAGUCCCAUUUAAAAUUCUUUUUGUAUUUUUAAAGGAGUCCGUGGAGCCUGUGGCGGUGAUAACCCUGCGACCUACGCGUGCGCAGGCCCGCAAGAAGGUCGUCUGGACGGAGGACACGGUCGACAACGAGAACAUGAACAAGAAGAAGUCCAAAUGCUGUUGUAUAUACGAAAAGCCGCGAAGGUUCGGCGAGUCUGACUCGGAGUCGAGCGACGACGAGUGCGAACACUGCUUCGGGCAUGUGGAGCGACGCAAACAGAAGCAGCAAGAAAGCACGUCCACGGAUGUACAGGAUGCAGCAUCGCCCGAGCCGUCAGCGUCCAUCACGUUGCGGGCAGGGGAGCCCCCAGACAAGCUGUCGCCGCCCAGCUAAGUCCAACUAGUAAUGUGCUCGAGCACGAAUUUGGGACACGAAUGCCCUCAAAUUAGUAUUUACUAAAAUAUUAAAAUCACUAUUCCUUGUAAUUGUUGUUCCAUCGUGGAUGAAGAGAUGUUUUUAUAUUUAAGACGGUCGCUAACUGAUUAGCUUAGUAAAUAUACAUUAACGGUUUUAAAACUUGAAUUUUAAAUAAUUGAAUGUGGAAUAGUCACAAAAAUAUUUACAUUUCGAAAGUCUGAUAAUUUUCGAAUGUUUGACAGUUCCUGGUCGCCAUAUUUAUUUUAUAUGUACUGUCAUUACGACUGUCAUGUCAAAUGCAAUGACACACCAUUUAUAGAAAACUAUAGAGUCGAGCAAUAAUUAUUAAAAAAAAAAACUUAUAAAGGUCCGGACAUAUUGCUCCAAAGGUCUGGUUAUCUAUCUACACCUUCGUUUUGCAGUUGAUGCCACAAUAUGUUUACUAAAUAUUUUCCAUUUUUUACUAAAUUCACCAACUUUGAGGGCCGUACGUAAAUUACAGGUGGUCACAUUUGGGUUGUCAAUACCACCUUCGCAUGUGUGACAUGAUAUAUUUUGCAAGUAAAUGAUAAUUUAAUCUAAAUUCCAUGAACUUAUGUGACAUCAUGAAGCUUGUAACUCAUCUUUUCUCCGUGUCAUCAUCAUUAUCAUCACAACUUUUUACCCUAAAACCAAUUAUUUUGUGUUGGCACGGCAUGAUUUUAUCAAAUGAAUAUUGGAGAAAUUGGCUUUGAGUAUGAUAGAUUCUUUACCAUGUGACGUAAUUUAUGAACGGCCAUCUUCCCACCAACAAUUCUAGUAACAAAGUAAUAUUGAUGGACAAAACAGUAUUGACUUAAUAUUGAGUUCUCUUGUAUAGUGUAAUCUUAGAUUAUAGAUAGAGCAUC